GAUUGAGGUUGGUGGCGUCUGUUCUGUUGUGUGUCGACUGCGGUGAGACUCGAAGAAAGGGGGUUGUCUAAUCGGAACCGGAAAAGAUGAUGGCAUCGAUGUGCCUCUCCUUGCCGUCUGCUUCGAAAACCAUAGCGCUUGCCUCUUCGUCCACCGUGCACGCCGCAUCUUCUUCGUCAUCUAGGAGCCUCAGUUACAGAUGCUCUUUUAUCGUCUCCAAACCGUCUUUUCCUUCCCUUUCUUGUGCUAACUACCGGAGGAGAAAGAGCCAGGUGGUGCGCAUGGCCCCUGAGGAAGAGAAACUGACUCGACGAAAUCCUCUCGAUUUUCCUAUCGAAUGGGAGAGGCCAAAGCCUGGGCGUAGGCCUGAUAUAUUUCCCCAGUUUAGUCCUAUGAAAACACCAUUACCUCCACCAAUGCCACAUGAUCCUCCAGAGGAAGAUGAUGAAUUUGGAGAAGAAGAAGAAGAGGAGAAGGAAGUGGAAGAAGAUCCUGAGAAGGAAGAGUACGGAGGAUCUUGAGAAUUAGUAUUCACUUGGCAGCAGGCAUGAGCCUCAAACUCAUUCAAAUUUCAUUGUAUUAGUUUUAUGUGGUUUCUUUUAGCUUAUACCUUUUUGUUAAGAGCAAAUGCAGUGGUUAUUAAUCAGCCAUUUAGGGAAUUGAUUUUAAGCCGUUUCUCUUAGUUUCAGCUUAAAUGAUUGUCGAAUUCUCUGGGAAUUUGUCUGGCUAACGGGAAAGUUAGGCUUUAUUCCCUGUUUUGGUAGCAUUGUGAGGGGUUCUGAGUUGAAAUAUAGUUUUUUAAUAAAUUUGGCCUUAUAUU